ACCUCGCCGCUUUACAUUAUAGCGCGAAAAUUCACACCGUACGAUAGUCCACCGUGUCUCGGAAGUUUAUUAACGUAUAUUUUGUUUAUUUUUUUUUUAAUAAAAAUGAAGCUGUGCCCCGUGAUAUUUAUUAUUGGAUUUCUUUUCUUCAGCGUGGAAGGAGCACCAUUCGAUCAAAAUGAAAUUAAUGCUGCUGCGGCUAACGGCGAUUGGGAAACUUUCCAUCGCCUAUUGAGUCAAGGAUUCGAUUUCAAACCAAAUUUUGACAGCAUCAGAAGCUUGCAGCCUGAUGGGCCGGACUCGAAAGUGUAUGGAGAAGCUCAGUAUAGCUUCCAUUCGUAUUCUAACGUGAACGGACAGCAGAGUGAGCAGCGAGGCGGUCGUAGGAUCAUCAACAAAAAUGGAGUGGUCGAAGAAUAUGAGUUACCUUGAUUUUGACACUUUUUAACAUGCUGACCUUAUUUCAUAAUAAUGUUAAGAGAAUAUAUUAUAUUUUUAACGAUGUUUAUCAUAAAGUUACAGCUGCAAAAAUUAUAAUACAAUUGAAAUAAUUUAAUAGCAAAAAUACAUUUGAAAAAAAUAUUCAAAAACAUAACGAUUAAUUAAUAGUUCACUGCAAUCAAUUAUUUUAUACCAUUUAUAGUGUCUAAAUUAAAAGUAUGAUUUUAAAUUUAGUGUAGAAAAUUAUGAAAUAAAAAUUAAUCAAUAGAUUUAAGACGUGUUUGUUAUUUACAUAAGCUGUGAUUUUCGUUGUAAGUUCUAAAUAAAUCAUUUUGCAAAAGUA